AUGGCUAUCGACACAAACGGCACGAGUGCCGGGCACUCAAUUAGCUUCGAGAAGUUCUACAACACUGUCAAUGGCAAACUGGUCACCACCGCUAAAUCAAUCCACGGUGUCAAUCCGUCGACCCUGGAGACACUCCCCGAUGUUCCAUUGUCGACUGAAGAGGACCUCAAUGCUGCCGUUACCGCAGCUAGAAAUGCAGCACCGGGGUGGGCGGAGACACCGCUGGAGGAGCGCCAGAAAGCCGUCAUCAGUUUUGCCGAUGCUCUUGAAGCCCUGAAAAGCUCAUUUGCAGACAUGCUCGUGCAGGAAAACGGCAAACCGCUUCCGGUAGCUCAAGGUGAGGUCGCCAACGGAGCACAUUGGUUGCGUACGCAAGCGGGUCUGUCUUUCCCCGAGGAAGUAGUGGAGGAUACCGAUGAUCGUGUCAUCGUGACCCGAUAUUCACCUCUUGGAGUGGCGGCCGCCAUCGUACCAUGGAACUUUCCUCUUAUGCUAGCAUGUGGAAAGAUCGCUCCAGCUCUCAUCACGGGCAACGCCCUCAUCAUGAAGCCUUCGCCGUUCACUCCGUACUGUGGGCUCAAGUUGGGUGAACUGGCGCAGCGCUUCUUCCCACCGGGUGUCUUUCAAGUUCUCAGUGGAGACGACAACUUGGGUCCGUGGAUCACAGGGCACCCUGGCAUUGACAAAAUCAGCUUCACAGGCUCCACGGCUACAGGAAAGCGCGUGAUGGAAAGUUGCAGCAAAACGCUGAAGCGUGUAACCCUUGAAUUGGGCGGUAACGAUCCAGCUAUCGUCUGCGAGGAUGUCGAUGUCCAAGAUGCGGCACAGAAGAUUACGCAGCUUGCUUUCUUGAAUUCGGGCCAGAUCUGCGUGGCCAUCAAGCGAGUCUACGUGCACUCCUCUAUCUACAGCGAGUUCCUUAACCAGAUUGUGGCUUGCCUCAAGCACUAUCUUGUUGGUGACGGCAAGCAAGAGGGCGUCGGCCUCGGGCCCAUACAGAACAGCUUGCAGUAUAACCGAGUCAAGGCUUUUCUGCAGGAGAUUGAGCGAGCUGGGCUCAAGGUCGCCACGGGUCAGGGAUCUCUCGCACCGGCAGCAGAUAUAGGCAAGGGAUACUUCGUCAGGCCCGUCGUCGUCGAUAAUCCCCCAGACACAAGCCACGUAGUUGUGGACGAACCCUUUGCUCCCAUCCUGCCCUUGCUCAGAUGGGAUACCGAUGACGAGGUUAUUCGACGGGCAAACAACCGACCAUGGGUCUAG